UGGCCCGGCUUCACACCGCGGAGGGGGCGGGGAGGCGGAGGCAGGGCGCGCUCCAGCGCGGUGGUGUGUGCGUGCGGCGCCCCCCCCGCCUCUCCCCACUCCCCGCCUUGCCCUCCCGCGCGGUCGCGCGCACUGUCCCUCCCCUCUCGGCGCGUGGGGCAGCCAGACUCGCAGAAGCGCUCCCCCCCAGUGGGGUAGUUGGCAGCGGCCACCCUCUUGACUCCCCACGCCGGAGGAGGAGGAGGAGAGGAGGAGGAGGAGGGAGCGGCGACGACGACGACGACGAGACACCGGCAGAAGCGGGGAGCCAGACGGCCCCGGCCCCCUCAGUCUGGGCAGCAGGCUUCCUCGGAAGUAAGCCCCAUUGCCUCCCCCAGGGCUUACUCCCAGACCCAUCACAGAAACUCCAUGGAAAUUAGAACCAAACAAAUGUUGGGAUCCAAGGAGUAGGACAUCCCCGAUCCUACUGAGCAAACAGAACUGCGUAGUCCGAGGUGACCGCCUUCUGGCCCCCCUGUGUUGCCUUUGAGCCCAGCCCUACCAUGGAUAGAUGAUCUCGGCCCCGGCCCCGCCAUGCUGCAGUCACGUGCCCGCUACCUGCUGCUCUUCCUGGGGGUGCAGCUGGUGGUGAUGGCCCUGCUGUACCGCGAGGGCUACCGCAAGCGUGUUGCCUACUUCCUAGGCAUCUUCUACAAAGGGGGCACAUCGACUCUGCUGGGCAGUCUGCACAAUGCCUCGCUGACGGGGGAUGUCUAUGCCAACCUGAGCCUGAUUGCCCGCCCCCCUGUGCCCCCAGAGGACCUUCCUUACUGCCCUGAGACUUCUCCUUUCCUUGGAGGCCCCAUUCGGGUGACCUUCCCAGCCGGACUGUCACUGGAAGAUAUUGUGCGGAAGAAUCCUUAUGUGACCAAAGGGGGGCGCUACCGCCCCCCAGACUGUGAUGCCAUCCACAAGACGGCAGUCAUCAUUCCCCACCGCAAUCGGGAGCAGCACCUCAAGUACUUGCUCUACUACUUACACCCUUUCCUGCAGCGGCAGCAGCUCAACUAUGGCAUCUACAUUAUUCAUCAGGCCGAGAACUACACUUUUAACCGGGCCAAGCUCUUGAACGUGGGCUUCAAAGAAGCGAUGAAGGACGAGGACUGGGACUGCAUGUUCUUCCACGAUGUGGAUCUCAUUCCUGAGGAUGACCGCAACUUGUAUGUCUGUGACCGCUUUCCUAAGCACGUGGCAGCCGCCAUGGACAAGUUUGGCUACAAACUUCCCUACAAGACCUAUUUUGGAGGGGUUUCGGCACUCAGUCCAGAGCAGUACAUGAGGAUGAAUGGCUUUCCCAACAACUACUGGGGCUGGGGAGGUGAAGAUGACGACAUUGCAGUCCGGGUGGCCCUGAGCGGGAUGCUCAUCUCCCGUCCAUCGAUUCAGUUUGGCCGCUACCGUAUGAUCAAGCACGGACACGACAAGGGCAACGAGCAGAAUCCCAAAAGAUUUAACUUGCUGGCCAAGACGCGGAGGACGUGGAAGCAGGACGGCAUGAACACUCUGGAGUAUCAGCUGCUCUCCAAGCAACUCCACCCCCUCUACACCAACAUCACCGUCUUCAUUGGCACCGAGAAGGGCAUGCGCCAUGCCACGUGAUGCACUUGCCACAGGGUGGCAUGUGGACAGGGGCCCCCACCCCAGCACUGCUCCUGGAUGGAGGAAACCAAAGAAUCCACAGUGGGGGACAGAGCCCUGCACAGAGUGUGUGCUUGUCCGCGUGCACGUGCGUGUGUGUGUUCGCGUGCGUGUCGUGCUGACUGCGACGACCAGCAAGGUGCUAAGAGAUGCUGCGUUCCAGGGAGUGGAUGGGGACUCCACGCAAGACUCUUCUCCCCGCCCCUUCCCCUUCCCUCUCCUCCUUCCUGGAAUCGUUUUUAUCUGGGGGUGAGGGUGGGCUGGGGGGCAAGGGCUUGACUUUCUGGGACUCGGCUUGUGGGAUGCCUUUCGUACCUUUGGAGGAGUGGCCCAGCAGCUCAGCCAGAGAAGCCGGCCUGUCCUUUGCUGUCUGAACUCCGCCGCUGCCGCGCCACAGAUUCUUUCUUAUUAAAGUGCAAUUUAUUUUAA